AUGUCUUGUCUGCUGAGUCCCGGUAAGUCCAAGCAGGCACCGGCGAGUAAACAGACUCCCACUCUCUCACCUUCCCGUCACCGCGGUCGGUCUUCCUCUUCAUCCUCCAAGAAGGUUAGCACUCUGCGAACUGUUUACAUCGAUAGUUCCCUCAAGAAGGGGCGCAGAAAUCCCCAUGACUACCCAACACGCUCACAAUCGCUGGUUAACUACCCGUCGAAAUCACUUCGUGACCGUCAAGACAGGUCACAUCGUGGCAGAAGUUCCCGUCGAACAAGUUUUAGGUACUGCAGCGGUAGCCGCGAUGGCAGUAGUUCCAGCAGCAGGAGUAGUGGAGUGCAUGGAAAGGAUGUCUCACCGGUACGACUAAUCAAAAUUGAUCCACGCAGUGGAAGAAGCGUGACAAAGGAAGGUCGGAUGUUUGUUUUUGACUCCAAAAAGUACAAGAUUGAGGUGCUACCAAGUAAUAGUCAAAAAUCGGAGCAUCACCAUCAUCGGGAUUGUAGAUCGGGUAACUGGUCAAAGGAUGGUACUUCCUACGUGGUCUACAGAGGCAAGAACUCUCACCCCAUUUACCUGGUUGAAAUGGAACAUUAG